GGGCUGGUAAAUAAAAACUCCCCUGUGGGUGUAAUUGCAUUUGCCUGGUAGCCUUAGCUAUCAUGGGGGCAGAGCCAGGGAAGUGAACACAAGCAAAAGAAAACAUUCCUCCAGUUUGGAUUUUUCUUCUUCUGAGACUAGCUGUAGGCUGGGGUUAAUCAAACACAGUUAACUCAAAUCCUUAGAGGGCAGGAAAGGGAACAUUUGCACGCAAUUGAGAAGGCACAGCUUUGGAACAGUCACGACUUGGAGACUUUGAAAGAUAAAUUUCAAGCAGAAUUUGUUGAUUCGACUUUGGGAGCAACAAGACUGCUGUAAGUUUAGAGAAACUGCUAGAGACAGCUGGUUCAAGGAUGUUUGGUGCUUCUACUCCUCCUGGAAUUUAAAGGCAUUCUCAUCUUCUGAAGAAGCAGCAUCCGUCUUUUUGAGAAUGCCUGUGCUGAAUAGGUUUUUCAGUGUGCUGGAUAAGAGUAGGCAGUGGGGGACUGAGGAAGAUCGGAUGCCCUUGACUGCCGAGAGCCUGCCAGUCUGCCAACAGGGAAUUUUGUCUUGGGGUUUGUCUGAGAAGUUCAGAAUCAUAAAGCUGAUCUGGAAAUCCAAAAAUGAGCUUACGGAGGCAAAGAGGAGAGAAGUUCGGGAAAGUGGAGGGAGUACUAAUGUUUUAUCAGAUCAGAUGAUCCUCUUAAGUGUUGCUGAACUGAAAGUACAAGCAAUCCCACGCAAUCUGGUUCAUGGAGAUGCACACCUGAGAGGUCAGACAGGGGUUCUUUCUGAGCGACGUGGUUCCUAUCCAUUCAUAGACUUCCGUCUUCUGAACAAUACCAUUUACUCAGGAGAAAUCGGAACAAAGAAAAAGGUUAAGAGACUAUUAAGUUUUCAGAGAUACUUCCAUGCAUCCAGGCUAUUGCGUGGAAUCAUACCACAAACUUCGCUGUACUUACUGGAUGAAGACUACCUUGGUCAAGCAAGGCAUAUGUUAUCCAAGGUGGGAAUGUGGGAUUUUGACAUUUUCCUGUUCGACCGCUUGACAAAUGGGAACAGCCUGGUAACCUUGUUGUGCCACCUCUUUAAUAUACAUGGGCUUAUUCAUCAUUUCCAGUUAGAUAUGGUUACAUUAUACAGAUUUUUAGGUAUGGUGCAGGAAGAUUAUCACAGCCAAAACCCGUAUCACAAUGCUGUCCAUGCUGCUGAUGUCACGCAAGCUAUGCACUGCUACUUAAAAGAGCCCAAGCUUGCUAACUUUCUCACCCCUCUGGAUGUUAUGCUUGGAUUACUGGCUGCUGCAGCACAUGAUGUAGAUCAUCCAGGAGUCAACCAGCCAUUUUUGAUAAAAACAAAACACCAUCUUGCCAGUUUAUAUCAGAAUGUUUCUGUAUUAGAAAACCAUCACUGGAGAUCUACAAUAGGCAUGCUUCGAGAAUCAAGGCUCCUUGCACAUCUGCCGAAAGAAGAGAGUUAUGACAUUGAACAACAGCUUGGUUCCCUGAUCUUGGCAACAGAUAUCAACAGGCAGAAUGAAUUUUUGAUCCAGCUGAAAGCUCAUCUAAAAAACCAGGACUUGAAAUUAGAGGAUGCUUCAGACAGGCAUUUUAUACUUCAGAUUGCACUUAAGUGCGCAGACAUUUGCAAUCCUUGCCGGCUCUGGGAGCUGAGCAAACAGUGGAGUGAGCGAGUUUGUGAGGAAUUCUACAGGCAAGGUGAUCUGGAGCAGAAAUUUGACUUGGAAAUAAGUCCUCUUUGUAAUCAGAAGAAAGACACAAUACCUAGUAUACAAAUUGGCUUCAUGACCUAUAUCGUGGAGCCACUUUUUGAAGAAUGGGCCAAUUUUACUGGGAACACUCAUUUAUCUGAAAACAUGCUAAACCAUCUGAGAAGAAACAAGACCAAGUGGAAGAGAUUGCUUCCUAGGCAACAUGGCAUCACCAUUGACCACUCACUUCAAAUUACUGAAAAUGAAGAGCAGACUUUUAAUGAAGGAGAAACUCCAUAGAGGUGGUACAACGACAAAACCCCACAGGUCUAUUGGCCCAUCAUUAACAAGACAGAAAAUUAAGAAAGCUGGAGGAAAAUUGAACCUGAAGUAACCUCCUAAUGGAAAACUUACAUUAUUUGUAGGUUUCUAUUCUGAAGUGCUACCAAAUCUCCCUUCUUCAUCUUAAUAUCUGAAGCCAUUCGUCACCUCUGAUCUCAAGCUUGAGUAAGAAAAUGAAGCUGGACUGAUAAGCAGGAACCAACAAAUAGGAGUAAUGGAGGACACAGGAAAGACUAGUGCAUUUUGGGUUAUCAGUUGUAUUAACUUUGGGUGAUAUUAAGACAGGUGUUGAACAAAGGCUUGGAAUAAUGUACAGUCAUUUGGCAGCUGGGCUGCACAUUAAAACUCAUCACCAGCAUCAUCUGAACUCAGAAGACCUUUGGCCACACAGAGAGAAGUUUUAACUGACUAAUGUCUUUUAUAAUUUUUGUAUUUGAUGCACUGGAAAAGGCAUUUAAAGAACCUUGAAGUAAGGUUAUUCUGUGUACCCAAUAUUUUUUUUUCAUAGUGGUACCCAUUGAUCAUUUUAAGCCACUUUAGAUAAAAGACUGACAUUCUCACCGCAAGAACAAUAUUUCCUCUCAAAUCAAAAGGGAAGAGUUGUACAGUUUAAAUGUUCUCAGAUAUCUCUUUUGAUGGCUGUAUCUGUGGCCUGUUUAUAUCCGCAAAAUACAAAUAUCAUGGGAAAGCUACCUGUAUAAGCAAUGGCACUGUGAACAAAAUACUGUUAGUUUUAGUAUUUGUAAAUACUAUUAAUAUACUUCCGUUUGUUUGCAGAUAAAGGCCUUAAGUUCUAGCAUACAGUACUUAACUUUCUGAUGGCUACUGAAAGUCUUAUAAUUUAAGUGUGGCCUGUUUUCAUUUGCCCAGCCAAGGAUUACAUGGUCAAUAUCUGCUGGAGGUUUUUGUUUGUUUGUUCAUUUUCGUUUGUUUGCAGGUUUGAUUUGCAUUCAUUCGUGGGCAUGAGUUCCAGUAAUUAAUGAAAAUGCAAUUCAGCACAGUUUUUGUCAUUUUUUAAAAACUUCAAUGGAUAAAUUUACAAACUUUGUUUGAUGUAACAAUGCUAAUGCCAAACUGACCAAAUGAAAUUGGACCUUGAAGUAGCCAGGGAUUGCAUCAUGCCAAGGAAUUUUGUUAAAAGUCUCCAAGAUUAUUAUAUAUGUUGAAAGAUACCCACGGGCGUUUCUACUAAAAAUGUAAAAAUAAUGGCCAUAACCCUACACAGUUUUACUUAGAAUUAUAUUUGCCCCCAAAGGGUGUCCAUUUCCUUUUGUCAUAAAUUGAGGGACACUAUCCAUUAAGGCCAGAAUAGGCAAUCUUGGACUCUACAAUGAUUUGGCCAAUACCUCUUACAGUCUCUUGUCUAUAUCCAGCUUUAUUAUGAGGAGUGAAGCUCAAAGCAUAAUUCAUCCCUGCAUUAGUGACUUACUUUGAAGUUCAGGGUAUCUUUCGAAACCAAACAAUGCUACAAAUCAAAAUUUGCCAAAACAUGCCAUUAAUGCCUGUAAAUCGUUAAAAGAAUUUUUCAGUUUUUCAGGGAUUUUUAACCUUGCUUGUUGAUUAGGUUUGUAGUCUGUGUCUGUCAAAAUGGUACACAAGGCAGCCCUCAAUAUAUGGAGACAUUUAAGAUGUAAUGAAAAAAUAAAAAGUCAGUUAAACCCUUUAAAGUUAAAGCCUAUUUCCACAACUUACAGUACUUUUAAUAGACUGACAAAUCAACUUGAAGGCCAAAAGACUGUUUUAGGAAUACCGUUGUGUGCCUAUAGCAGAUGGGUGGGAUUGGAGGUGGACAAACAUCAAAGAUGGAGCUGAUUUUAUUCAAUAGAACUGAAGAUGACUGCUAAUUAUCAGUUCACAUGUUUUUAUGUGCAUAUCCAACAAAAUGCACAUGGGCUACUUCUAAAAAAGCAAAUGUAUUCUCCAAAUUAACAUAUGCAAAACAGUAUAUGCAUUGUUUAGUAGUAUGUUAUCCUCCCCCUAUAAAAUCAUGGUAUUUCGAUUCAUUAUAGUUUACACAUUAUUUUUAUGUUAUUGCUGAUUACAUGGAGAUCAUUUUCAGAGAAUACAAAAACACUACAAAGAAGGGAGAUUUCUUGAUAAAUUAACUUCAAACGGGAAAGCAACUGAGCCCAGCUUUCCUUAUCCAUCCAUGAGCAGAAGUGGCAUAACACUGGCAUGUUUUAACUCUGUUUUAAAUUAAAGAGAAACAAUACCAAUCAUGAUGAAAUAUCAUAUAAAAUUGGAAUAGAAUGCAAAAAAGGUAAUUGCACAGUAAGGCAAAUAAAAAUGUAAGUUAAAUGUUUGCAAGUCAAAGAACAAAAUUCCAUUUGGAUAUUAUAUUGUAAAGUUAUUAGUCCCUUUUACUUGCUAGUACAAAACUCAUUUCAGCAGUAACACUACACAAGGAAGUCAUCAAAGAAUAAUGUUUGAGGGUGUACAUCUUUACUUAAGAUGGGGGGAGGUGGAAUCCCCAGGAAUUGUUGAAUUCUAUUGUCUUCCAGCCCAGUCAGCAUGAAAAAUAUCGGGGGAUGACUAGAAUGGCAGGCCAACCAAACCUAUUACACAUCCUUGCCCAACAGAAUCCUGAUUGAGAGGUCCUUGGCAUUCUCUGAACUUCAUUGUUUCAUUUCAUUACCCAAACUAAGAAAACAACCAAGCUCAGAGACCAUGAAGAACCCUGAGCUACAAAUAUUCUUUUAUUAGAAUCCUGAUUAUUCUCAAACAUUCUCUAAUAUCUAACUCUGAAAUGUUUAAACUUCUGUCACCUUAACAGUUUUCAAGCAACCUCCUUAAGACUAGUUCACAGGGCAAUAUGAUGAUUAUCUGUUUUCAUUCCUCAAGUUCCCAGCCAUAGAAACAAGAAGGGCUCAGUUAAAAAGUUAAUCUACUCUAUGAUAUGAUUGAGAAAUGUCUGUGAAUGCAGCCGCCACCUAGAAAUGCUACCCUUGUAUUUUUAAACAUAAUGUAGAAAGAAGUUGGUGGUCAAAUUAGAAGACGUCACAAAAUGGCGACGUGAAAAGAACGUGUCAACUAGUCUUGAGCUGAACUGAGAAUUUAGGCUGAAAAAUACUUCCAAUUGAUGGAAGCAUUGAUCAAACGAUUUGGGAGCCUUGUAGAAAGGAGCUUUAUACAUGCAGGGACAGCAGGAUUCACUCUGGCAAAACUGUAACAGAAAUAUUUAAUACCAUAGGUCAAAAAUGAAUUAAUUGGAUUGCAACAGUAUUUUCAUUCUUUUACCUUUAUUUAUAAUAGUAUCUGUGUUUUUUCUGAAGAUUUAACAAAAAAAAUUAAAUACAAAUUUGCUGAACAAAAACCAGUUAGCAAAGUUCUCAAUAUUUACUGUAACUGUUUUCAAAUCAUUCCAUAAUUGUUGUUCAUGAGGCUGUUUUUAUUUCAGGUGCUGUGGGCCAUCCCCUACACGAUUUUUCAAAGCUCUAGCCUUGAGCUACUCAGCUAAUACUUCCAACGCAAAUGCAGGUUCUUAACACCAAUCCCUCCAAGCUCAAUAGAAACAUACAGUCUUCCAAAGAAUUUACAAAAUAGCUCCAGUGAGAUAAUGGGUUAUACCCAGUGGUGGGAUUCAAAUAUGUGAACAACCGGUUCUCUGUGUGGAUGCCGCUUCCGGAAGUCUGUUCUAGGCCUGGGCAACAAAAAAUUAGCUACCAGUUUUACCAAACUGGUGCGAACCAGCAGAAUCCCACCACUGGUUAUUUAUACCCGUACAUACAUUUCUCAGAUUUUAUUCUGGCCUUGCAUUUUAUUUUAUUUUUUGGUCACAGAAUAAUUAUGACUUACAAACCUUCCAAUUUGCAUAGAAGUAGAAGUCCACAUGUUGGGAGGUCUUCUAAUUAAGAGAAGAUGACUUUAUGGAAUCACUGUGAACAA